GCAAUUUAAUUAUGCUAUAGUCCACUGCAACAACAAGGAACUCAACCUUAUCCCGGAUAAUUUGGAAUCCGCAAUCAUGUUUAUAGUCAAAGUUUGCAUAUGGAUUUAUUCGCUCUCCACUUCAUCUGUUCUACUAUCAGAUAUUUGGAAACUUCAAGUUGAUCCAUCAUGGGUUACACAAGCAACGUAGGCAUCCAAGAGUUUAAUAAACAGCAAACUGACUCUGCAGCAGUCAUUAGCAGUGGGAAAGAGAUUUUACUGCAGGCCUUCAACUGGGAAUCUCAUAAACAUGAUUGGUGGAGAAACUUAGAGAGAAAGGUUCCUGAUAUGGCGAAAUCUGGCUUUACAUCUGCCUGGUUGCCUCCACCAUCCAAUUCACUGGCACCUGAAGGUUACCUUCCCCAGAACCUUUAUUCUCUUAACUCUUCAUAUGGUUCUGAGCACCUUUUAAAAGCUUUACUUAAUAAGAUGAAGCAGUACAAAGUUAGAGCGAUGGCCGACAUAGUCAUAAAUCAUCGAGUUGGAACUACACAAGGGCAUGGUGGAAAGUAUAACCGUUAUGAUGGAAUUCCAUUAUCAUGGGAUGAACGUGCUGUGACAUCUUGUACUGGUGGAUUGGGCAAUAAAAGCACUGGGGACAACUUUCACGGUUUUCCGAAUAUUGAUCAUACUCAACAGUUUGUUAGGAAAGACAUCAUUAACUGGCUUAGGUGGCUACGUAAUUCUAUUGGCUUCCAAGAUUUCCGUUUUGACUUUGUAAGAGGCUAUUCUGCGAAAUAUGUGAAGGAGUACAUUGAGAAUACAAAGCCCAUAUUUUCAGUUGGGGAAUAUUGGGAUUCUUGCAAUUACAGAGGCCACUACUUGGAGUACAAUCAAGAUAGUCACAGACAAAGGAUUAUUGACUGGAUUGAUGAUAUGGGGCAACUUGCAGCUGCAUUUGACUUCACAACAAAAGGAAUUCUUCAGCAAGCUGUUAAAGGAGAAUUAUGGCGCCUCCGGGAUCCACAGGGGAAACCACCAGGUGUUAUGGGAUGGUGGCCUUCAAGGGCUGUUACUUUUCUUGAUAAUCACGAUACUGGAUCUACUCAGGCUCAUUGGCCUUUUCCGUCAAAUCAUAUCAUGGAGGGCUAUGCAUACAUACUCACUCAUCCUGGUAUACCAUCAGUUUUCUACGACCAUUUCUACGACUGGGGAAAUUCCAUUCACGACCAAAUCACAAAGCUGAUGGAUAUUCGACGUAGUCAAGGAAUAACUAGCCAAUCACCUAUUCGAAUUCUCGAAGCACAGCCUAAUCUGUAUGCUGCAGUUAUUGGUGACAAAAUAUCGAUGAAGAUUGGGGAGGGUUCUUGGUGUCCCUCUGGAAAGGAAUGGACUCUUGCAACUAGUGGCCACAGAUAUGCUGUUUGGCAGAAGUAGUCACUGCUUUGCAGCAGUACAAUAGAAUAACUCUGCAUACUUUUUUCCCAUUUAAUUUUUACUGGGGGUGGGUAGGAAGGGGGUAAGGGAGGGG